GGCCGUACGACACCGCACUAAUUUUUACUGAUUUUUAUUUAUUGAUUUAUUUAUUUUGGUUCAACCUAUUUUUCCAAACAUCCGCGCUCUCUAAAUCGAUAUGAGAAAAUCAAUGCCUAUUUUUCUAUAGAAACAAACAGGAAGGUGAGAAUCGAUUCCGUAUAUGCUUAUAGCAUGGACUCGAUCAUAUCUUCCGCGUUGGAAGAAAUCUGUUUGGAAGGCCAAGCCGGUGUCUCUCUCCGAACUCUAUGGUCCAGGCUCAACCCCUCCCUCUCUUCCGCCAACCUCGACCUCUCUCCGGCACUGAAGCAAGCCGUAUGGACCGGUCUCCUCGGCGUUCCCACUAUCCAAUUCCAAGCCAACAAGGCGUGCUAUGGCGCCUCCGACCUCUCCAUUCAGUCUUUCCAAGACGCCGAGAAACUCAAUUUGAAGCUUGUUGCCGAAGAGCGUCUCAGGGACAACUUUCUGGGGCUCUACAACGUCCACUCGGCCAAUGUCAGCAUACCUGAGAAGCAGCGACGCUCCCUCCAACGCCUUGCUACUGCUCGAAAAAAUGGAAUUACACAAAAUCAACUUGCCAAAGAAUUUGGCAUAGAAGGGAGAAACUUCCAUUAUAUAGCUAAGAACCUUGAGUGUCAAGGGUUAAUAGUGAGGCAAGCUGCACUUGUAAAAACUAAAGAAGCUCUAGAUGAAGGGGAGUCAAGAAACAGUCCAAGUGUAACUACCAAUUUAAUGUACUUAUCUCGGUAUGCUAAUUAUUUGGGAUCUCAACAAAAAUUGGAGAUCACCAAAGAAGAACAUGCUCCUGAAGUUCUUGAGAAUGUUAAUGGAAGUACUACUAAUGAAGAUGGUUUUACGGGCAAUAGGGUUAAAGAGGAUGUGCUGGUUAAGGAUUACCUGCCAGCAAUGGAAAAAGUCUGCGAUCUACUUGAAAAAGCCAAUGGCAAGGUUCUUGUUGUUGCAGAUAUUAAGAAAGAGCUAGGUUAUGUUGGAUCUUCUGCAGGACAUAAGGAGUGGAGGAGGGUUCGUUCCAGGUUGAAAGAUGCUCAUAUUGUGGAGGAGUUUCAGGCUAAAGUGAAUGAUAAGGUUGAAUGUUGCCUCCGUAUGCUUAAACAGUUUUCUCCAAAGAGUUUUGAGCCAAAAGCUCUUGGAUGUGUAGGUGAUGGCUGUGAGGUACAACAGUUGAGAUUUGGUAAGAAAUGUCAAGCCAUCAGUCAGCUUAUGGAACUUCCUAUUGAGCAUCAAAUUUAUGAUAUGAUUGAUGCUGCUGGAUCUGAGGGCUUGACUUUCAUGGAGGUCUGCAGGAGGCUUGGGCUUGACAACAAGAAGAACCACAACCGACUUUUUAAUAUGGUCUCUAGGUUUGGAAUGGAUCUGCAGGCAGAAAACCACAAGAAAACUGCAGUAUAUCGACUAUGGACAUCUGGAAAACGCAAUUCUGAAUUGGCUAAUGUAGUCAAUGAUGAUAAAGUUUCUAAUGUGCACGUUUGCAAUCUAGAUACUCUUGACAGUUCAGUGGAGACCCGUCCAGAGAAUGAGCCUUUAACUUUGAAAGGUGAUACUGUUACAUCUGAAGAAAUGGAGAGUAGAAAAACUGACAUUGACCUUUCUAAUGUAUCCCCUGUGGAUACUCAGUCGAGCCUUUUGCUUCCUUGUCCUGGCAAUUCCCAGGAGUGUAUUCUUGAGCCAAGAGAUAUAUAUUCUGAGCCUGAACUAAAUCUAGUGAGUAGAGAAGCGGAAACAAAUAUUACUUCAUCAGAAACACCACCCCCUAUGUUGAAGCCAGUUUCUUCUGGGUCAUACCCGAGGUAUCCAUGUUUGUCGUUGACUGUGGAUAGUUCUCGGAGGGAGAAAAGGAUACUUGAGCGGUUACAGAAUGAGAAGUUCAUUUUACGAGGCGAGCUGUAUAAGUGGCUUGUGAGUCUUGAGAAGGACAAGUGCACAACAACAGACAGGAAAACUGUUGACCGAAUUGUAAACAAACUUCAGCAACAAGGAAAUUGCAUAGUUAGGAGCAUCAGUGUCCCUGUUGUCACAAAUUUUGGCCAUAGCCGUACGGUUCAGGUAGUUAUGCAUCCAUCCAUUCAAAGGCCAUCUCCCGAACUAGUUUCUGAAAUUCACGAUAGACAGAGGUCUUUUGAGAUUCAAAGUCGUGGGACAUGCUCAUCCCGGUGGAAGAAAAAUGAAUCUGUUCCUGUAUUAGAUGAUAUUCAGAGAACUCAGAACCAUGCCAAUUCAGAUGACCGAGCAGUUAAAUCGGAAGCUAUGCGCACUAAUGGCUUUAUUCUGGCAAAAAUGAUUCGUGCAAAACUUUUACAUUGUUUCCUUUGGGAUUAUCUCUAUAGUUCUGAAGUUUCUAAUAAUUCUUUAUCAUCUAAGGAACAUGUCAACAAGCUAAGCAAUCCUCAUAGUAGUAGUAAAUUGUUUUCCCUAGAAGCAGCAAUUAGGGCCAUUCCGGUUGAGCUGUUCUUACAAGUUGUUGGAUCCACUCAAAAGUUUGAUGAUAUGAUCAAGAAGUGUAAGAUGGGUUUGCAUCUAUCUGACCUCUCUGUUCAGGAAUACAAGUCUCUCAUGGAUACCCGUGCAACUGGAAGGCUUUCGUUGCUUAUUGACAUCUUACGACGGAUAAAGUUGAUUCGGAUGAUUAGUGAUGAGCAUCCAAAAGAUGGAGUCCAAGUUUUGCAAUCCACCUAUACACAUGCAAUGGAGCUAAAGCCUUAUAUAGAGGAACCGAUUUCAAAGCAUGCACUAUCUUUGAAUUUUGGUUAUCUUGAUCUUCGCCCAAGAAUCAGGCAUGACUUUAUUUUGUCAAACAGAGAAGCCGUUAAUGAGUAUUGGCAAACUCUAGAGUAUGCUUAUGCAGCUGCUCACCCAAAAGCUGCUUUGCAUGCAUUCCCUGGAUCUGCUGUUCAUGAGCUAUUUUCUUGGGGGUCAUGGGCUUCAGUUCGAGUUAUGACAGCUGAUCAGCGCGCAGAGCUCUUGAAACGCAUAACAGAGGGUGAUCUAAGUGAAAAACUUUCAUAUAAACAAUGUGGAAAGAUUGCAAAGGAUCUGAAUUUGACUUUAGAGCAGGUGCUUCGUGUGUAUUAUGAUAAGCGCCAACAACGUCUUAAUAGAUUUCAAGGUGAAGGGGGUGACUUUCAACCAGUUAAGACUAAAAGAGGUUCAUCUUCACGGAGAAGGAAGAGAUCUCCAGAAGUGAGGUCAGUGAAGUUCAGAAAAAUUGAUGAGGCAACUGGGCAGUUGAAUGAGCAGAGAUGUGCAACAAUACCUGAUGCCGUGAACCAAUUUGUGGAAGAACAAGAUCUCUUAGUUUCUCCUUUAGGAAAGAACAAAAACAAUUUACCGCUAUUUCAGGAGGAUGAUCAUUUAGAAACUGAGGAACCUCAACCAAAUGAAGAUGAUGAGGGGUGUUAUUCUGUUAUUAGUAAGUGUGCCUUUUCUAAGAUGAAGCCAACACGUCAAAGAAGGUUUUCAUGGACAGAGGAGGCUGAUAGGAAAAUGCUGAUCCAGUAUGCUAGAUACCGUGCAGCUCUUGGGGCAAAAUUUCACCGUACAGAUUGGGCUUCACUUCCUGACCUUCCGGCACCUCCAAGUACCUGUAAGAAAAGGAUGGCAUCACUCAAAAUUAACAUAAAAUUUAGAAAAGCUUUGAUGAGACUUUGUAACUUGCUCAGUGAACGGUAUGUGAAACUCCUGGAGAAGACCCAAGACAGGUUUCCAGAAAAAGAUAUUUGCAGAAUGCAAGGUUCUUUAGGAGGAGUUCUUAGCAGGAAGUUUUCAGAUGGCAGUGAGCAUACUCAAGAGACACAUGUUGAGGAAGAAUCAUGGGAUGAUUUUCAUAAAAGUGACUUGAAAGCUGCCCUAGAUGAGGUUCUUCGAUACAAGAGGAUAGCUAAAUUGGAGGCCUCCAGAGGAGUUGGGUCUUCCCGUGAGGAGUGGCAAGAUCUAAAUAUGAAUGCUGAAGAAUAUGAAUUUCAAGGAUCUGAAGAAAAUGAAAAUCUCGCAGCAACUCCCUGUGAGGAUGUUCGUAAUCAGCCUGGACAACCAUCGAAAACUGGUACACGAAGAUCACGGCGUCAACGACUUCAUAAGAAGUUUAUUAAGCUCUUAAAUGAAGAAGUUAAUGUUAGCAGACAAAUAUAUAAUUCAUUGGCUGUUUCGAAUGCUGUAGAGCUGUUUAAGCUUGUCUUCUUGAGUAACUCUACAGCGCCUGAAGUACCGAAUCUUCUGGCAGAAAUUCUGCGGCGAUACUCAGAACAUGAUCUAUUUUCAGCUUUCAAUUACCUUAGGGAUAAGAGAAUCAUGGUGGGGGGUAUUGGCACUCAACCAUUUUCCCUUUCACAACAGUUUUUGCAUAGCAUUUCCAAGUCAUCAUUUCCAACUAAUUGUGGAGACAGAGCUACUAAAUUCUCUAAUUGGCUGCAUGAGAGAGAGAGGGACCUUAUGGAAGGCGGGAUUGAUCUAACUGAUGACUUACAGUGUGGGGACGUCUUCCAUUUGUUUGCUUUAGUUUCUUCAGGUCAACUGUCAAUUUCUCCAUGCUUGCCAGAUGAAGGAGUUGGAGAAGCUGAAGAUCUGAGAAGCUCAAAACGUAAGAUUGAUAGUUAUGAAUCUUCUGAUGGUGUUAAGUCUAAGAAGCUGAAAUCCUUUGUGGUAUCAGAAGGUGAAAUUAUUUCUCGACGAGAAAAAGGUUUUCCAGGUAUUGUGGUUUCUAUACAUCGGACAGCCUUUUCUACAGCUGAUGCUGUAGAUUUGUUCAAAGAUCAGAAUGCUUGUGCUGGUGAACAAUAUGUUUGCGGGAAUGAGUUAUUCCACAAUACUUCAGGUCUUAGUAGUUUUUCUCAUUCCACCCACUUCAAGCAUAUUCAUUCUUCUGACAGCAACGGAUCUCUAGCUGAAAAUUCCCAUGAAUCAACUUGGAAAGCUAUGGCAGAUUAUGCUCAAAAUUUGCUACCAAUAAAUUUUGAUCUAGAAAAAUAUGGUGCCAUCAACCCUGAGGUCUUUGGAGCUGUUUGUACUGCCAUUCAGAAGGCUGGUGACCAAGGUUUGAGCAUCAAAGAAGUUUCCCAGGUCAUAAACAUGCCAGGAGAAAUGCCAGAACUUAUCAUUAACGUGCUCCAAACUUUUGGACGAGCCUUAAAGGUUAAUGCUUAUGAUACUGUACAUGUUGUUGAUGCUUUGUACCGUUCCAAGUAUUUUUUGACCUCAGUUGCUACUAUAUCUCGAGAGCUUGAAACGCCUUCCUGUACAACAUCCAUCAAAGGUGAUGACGGCCAUUUUGUCAACCACUCAGAGAACAAUGAUUUUAGCAGUGCUUGUCCACAGAGGGAAACCAAAAUGAAUGUUGAUAAUGUGCAUAAAGUUACUUUUCUUAAUUUCCCUGAAGAGGUUGCUGAUGUCUGUAACGAACAUCAAUCUAGCAAUGUGCAUGAAUGCGAUAUGCUGGAAAAAGUUAUUUUACCUGGAGGGGAUAAAGAGGAAGAACCUUUAAAAUUUUCUUCUGGUGAAUUAUGUGUACCAAUAUUUCCCUGGAUAAAUGGAGAUGGAAGAAUUAACAAGAUUAUUUACAAGGGACUAAGAAGACGUGUCCUUGGAAUUGUAAUGCAAAAUCCGGGGAUACUAGAGGAUGACAUUAUCCGGCGGAUGGAUGUCUUGAACCCUCAGAGUUGUAGAAAAUUGUUGGAGUUGAUGAUUUUGGAUAAUCACAUCUAUGUAAGGAAGAUGCAUCAAUAUAUAUCCAAUGGGCCUCCUCUCAUUCUAGGAACACUCUUCGGAAGCAGCUUCAGCAAAUCAAAGUUGGUUUGCCGUGAACAUUUCUUUGCGAAUCCAAUGAGUACAGCCUUACUAUAGUGACUAGUGAAGUUGUUUUGUGUGGUAUCCUACAGCUCGGCGCCGCGAAAGUAAAGGCCCAAAAUGUAAAUUGUAUAUUUAAUACGUAUUACCUUUUAUAUUUUUGUAUUUUGUUGUAUGUAAAAUAAGUUUUCUCAAAAAAUAUUAUCAUCAUCAUUAUUAUUAUUAUUAUUCUUUGUAUUUUUGUUGAAACGUAAAACUUUUAGAUGAGUUUAGCAACUUUUCGGAUGAUC